CAACAUGGCGGCGCCGCUCUCAAGAUGGCGUCGCGUAGAGGCCGCCCCCUCGCUUCCGCUUCACGUGGCCACGCUCAAGAUGGCGGUGGCGGAAGUGUGGCGGGCUGCGGAAGCCGGGUCAUGGCAGCGCCGGAAGAGCCGUGCGGCGGUGCGGAGCGGGGCCGGGAGGCGGCUGGCUUGAGCCGGGCGCGGCGGGACCCCGCGGCUGCCGUCAUGUCGCGCCGUGCAGAGGAUCUUGUGAGUGGGGAGAGUGAGGAGGAAAGUAAUGGUAUCAACUUGAUGGAGUUCUCGGAUGAGAUCCUUCUGCACAUCCUAAGCUACGUCCCUUGCACAGACCUGGUCCUGAACGUCAGGAAGACCUGCAGGAAGCUCUCAACGCUUUGCCUUGAUAAGAGCCUAACCCAUACAGUUUUACUUCAGAAAGACUAUAAGGUGAACAAGGACAAAGUGAAGCAACUGAUGAGGGAUAUUGGAAAAGAGAUUCACCAGCUGAACAUGGCUGGGUGCUAUUGGCUGCCCAGCUCCACUACUGAUCACGUAACACGGUGCAAGAACCUGGUCAAGCUGAACCUGUCCGGGUGCCGUGUCACCUCUCUCCGUCUCUCCAAGAUGCUGUCCACGCUUCAGCACCUGCGCUCCCUGGCGAUCGAUGUGAACCCGGGCUUUGAUGCCAGUCAGCUCAGCAGCGAGUGCAAAGCCACCCUCAGCCGCGUGUCAGAGCUGAAGCAGACCCUCUACACUCCAUCGUACGGCGUUGUUCCUUGCUGCACCAGCCUUGAGAAACUGCUGCUUUAUUUUGAGAUCCUCGAUCGCUCGCGAGAAGGUUUUAUGCUGUCUGGGCAGCUGAUGGUGGGCGAGAGCAAUGUGCCCCACUACCAGAACCUUCGUGUCUUCUACGCCAGGCUGGCCCCUGGCUAUGUUAACCAGGAGGUGGUGAGGCUGUACUUGGCUGUGCUGAGCGAUCGGACUCCUGAGAACCUUCACGCCUUCCUUAUUUCUGCCCCUGGUAGUUUUGCUGAGACGGGAGCCACUAAAAACCUUCUGGACUCGAUGGCUCGAAAUGUACGCCUGGAUGCUUUACAGCUGCCCAAAGCCUGGCUUAAUGGUUCCGGGCUCCUGCAACACUUGAAGUUCAACAACCCUUUCUACUUCAGCUUUAGCCGAUGCACCUUAUCUGGUGGCCACCUGAUCCAGAGAGUUAUUAAUGGUGGGAAGGACCUUAAAAGCUUGACCAGUUUGAAUCUCAGUGGCUGUGUUCACUGCCUGGCUCCGGAGUCUUUGUUUCGAAGAGCAGAAGAUGACAUUGACAGUAGCAUUCUGGAAAGCCUGGUAGUCUCUUGCUGCAACCUCAGACACCUCAACCUCUCCGCAGCUCACCACCACAGCUCAGAAAGCAUAGGGAACCAUUUGUGCCAGCUCCUGUCCAGGCUAAAGCACCUACUCUCGCUAGCACUGCCAGUUUGUUCCAUCACAGAUGUUGCUGUGAACGUGGAAAAGCCCCCCACGCAGCCUAACGCAGCGCCCCAAACGUUUGGAAAGAAAACCCGUGUGGGGGUGCAGACGUAUCCGAGGAACUCAGCAGACCAGGCGUGUCAGAAGCUGGAGUCUUCAGUGUUCUGGACGCUGAUGAGAAGCCUCAGGUUUUUGGAAACCUUAGAAAUAAUUGGGUCCAGUUUUUCCUCUGCCAUGCCCCGCAAUGAGCCAGCAAUUCGGAACUCUCUGCCUCCUUGUGUCCGAGCACAAAGUGUGGGGGAUUCGGAGGUGGCUGCCAUUAGCCAGCUGACUUAUUUGCAGAGCCUCACCUUAGCACAGCUGCCAAAUAUUGUUACUGGUUCUGGGCUUGUUAGCAUUGGAUUGCAGUGCCAGCAUUUGCGGACUCUUUCGUUGUCCAACCUGGGCAUGAUGGGGAAAAUGGUGUAUAUGUCUGCUCUCAUGGACAUGCUGAAGCACUGCAAGUGUUUGAGAGAUCUCAGGCUGGAGCAGCCGUACUUCAGCGCAGGCUCCCAGUUCUUCCAGGCCCUCAGUCACUGCUCCUCUCUCCAGCGGCUCUGCAUCGUCUCCAGGAGCGGGACUCUGCAGUCUGAUGCAGUGAUGUCAUUCAUGGCCAGCUGCCUUGAGGUCAUCAUGUGCCACAUGUUUAUGGGAGAAUCUCUCACUGUCUGCAGAAAUCUCCAGCAGUCCAUUGUCCGGAGGCUUCUAUGGCUUGCAGCACUUGUUCCAAGAAGCUAAAAGGUAGUGUGUGACUGCUUGGCAUGUGAAACGGCCUCUUAGUUUAAUAAGAGCUGAUCCGUGGAAUAUUUGAAGGUAUGAUAUGCGUUUUUGAUUCCGUUCCCACUCGUGUUCUCUGUAGUUCUAAGCUGAAGCCCUGGAAGCUCCAUCAUAAAUCAAACGUCACUUUUUGUGUAAACAAAACAUCUGCCGACAUUUUAAGUACUGAGAGGUCUGACCUUGAAGCUUUCCUCCUUUCCCACAAGUGACUAAGAUAAUUCUUGGUCCUCUAAUCACUUGUAAAUGUCACUUACUGAUAAUCCCCUGGCAGCGCAAUUCAAAGCCUUUCAAGGGUUUGUUGUGAAGGGUUUUUCUUUGGGGGGAGCGCUGGGGGAGGCUGGCUACAAACUGCCUUUGCAGUCUGACAGUUCUUAAAUGCAUUUUGCUGGGCCCCUCGCAGCGAUCUGAGGCUCACGUGGUGGGAAACGUUGGUGCCUGAGCCGUGAACUGCAUCUGAAAAGAGAGCUUUUAAUUACGCCUGGCAUUUUGAAGUCCUCUGGUGGCGGCAGUCCUUACAGAAUAUCUCCCAUGCAGCAGACUUUGCACGAUGUUUGUUCUCUAUAAAGCGUUUUCUCCGCCUUCGAUCUGUUUUCUUUGUCACCUACAGUUGCUUUGCCCUGUUAAGCUCUAGCAAAUUUGGAAUCGCUCGGUGUUGUUACUGCAUCCUAACGGGUGCUCCUCCCCCCAGCCUUUCUCCAGCUUCAGAAUGACUUAUUACACUUGGCUCGUCUCUGAGGAUCAAAUCCAAAGAGCCUAUGACUAUAUUAGCCACCUAUCAAACGGCACACAGGAUUGCUUGUUGCAGCCUCUGGAAGGCUCUGCAUUCUUUUGGGAUGGCUUUGUAUCUGUCCAGCCAGUCCUUGGUUGAUUCUGGGAGCACUCUGAGGAUCUUCUUAGGAGGAAGUUUUUCACACAGGGUGCUGAGGCACUGGCACAGGUUGCCCAAGGAGGCUGUGGAUGCCCCAUCCCUGCAGGCAUUCAAGGCCAGGCUGGAUGUGGCUCUGGGCAGCCUGGGCUGCUGGUUGGUGACCUGCACACAGCAGGGGGUUGGAACUGGAUGAGCAUUGUGCUCCUUUGCAACCCGUUCUAUGAUCCUUAAAAAGAUCCAAGGAUCCAGAUUUUGUGGGGUUUUUUUUGUUCUGCCUUCCUCCUGAAGAUACCAAUGCAGCAUUGGCCAAAAUUCCAUUGUCUGCUUACUGAGCUGCAUCAUGCUAUUCUGCAGUGCUUCCCUUCUCUCUUUCUUUAUCAUGUAUGAAUUCUUACUACGUUCUGUACCUCCUGGGAGCUCUGCAGAGAGCAGCCGAUGCCCCACGAAAAUGUCAAUAACCAUUUAUAUUUUUAGCAACAAUUGUUGCUGCCAUGCUACUUUUCUUCUUUUGUGUUUUAUUAAUAGAGACAUUUGUAUGGAAACAAUUUUUGAAGUAUUUUUUUUUUCCUGAGCACAGCAUCUGCUCCCACUGCAAGUUCUGCACCUGAAGUCAUAAUCCUCGAUGGCGUUGUAACUGGUGGCUCUGGAAAUGAUUUUGAUGUCACAUAAGAUUAUGAGUUCAGGAGCAGGGUAAGCAGUGGGAGCAGAUAUGCUCCUAAGCAACAGAGAUCCCAUUCUGGUGGAACUGUCUGAAGUAAUAACGUGGAAAGGACAGAAUACAGAGAAGGAUGUGUAAGCACAGCCUGGACUCUUCCGUGAGCCAUCAGUGAGCCUUGAGCCACGUUCCUUUCCCAGCAAUAUUGGCCUUGUGCAAAUCUGCCUUCAGAUGGGGAUCAGGAAUUGGCUUUCUCUUGUCUGUGCUUUGUCUGCUGCUCCAAGGGCAGUUCAGUGCUUGUGUGAUUGAGUUUGGAGCUCGGAUCUGUGGGAAAGGCUGUGCUUCACACAGCAGGGCUUCCUGUCAGUGUGCUGCUCGUGUGCCUUUAAUCCAGACUUGAAUUUGGAAGGGGAAGUGUGACGUUAGGUACCCUGUGCCAGAAUGGAAGAAGGUGAGAGCUGGAAGGCUGUGAGCCUGUCUUUGUUUGCUCCCCUUCCUUGGAGCUGUAUUUCUUGGAUCCUGCAAUGGAUUAGAGCUGUUGUAGAGCUGUGCAGAGGAUCUUGGUUAGGCUGCGGCCCCAUGAUCCCGGUUUGUGAAUGGGGUUGGUGGGGCUGAAGUGCCUCCUGUUCUCCCAACCUCUGUAAAGAGUGUAAACACAGUGCUUGCCUAGGGCUGAGCACAGCAACAGCCUGCAGGGGUGGAUCUGGGAGGGCAGUGCCUGUACAGGCUGAAGUGAUGGGAGCUCAGGUGUUAACGUCCUGCUUUGCACCCUUGGUAGGUGUGUGCAUGGUACAAAGCCCAAGGAUCCUCAAACCCUUUCCUUUGCCUCUCAAAAGGACAGCACUCUGUAUUGCUGCUGUAAUGGCCUGCAAAGAAAGUUGUUGUCACAUCUUUCAGUCUUGUGACAGCUCCAACCCGGACCCUGUGAUCUUCAGCUUCCUCGUGGGCAGCUUUCUGGUGGAAGUUUGCUGCUAUUUCAGAGAGAUUAGUGUAUGCAUUUCUCUGUGAAAAGCCUCUGAUUCAGUUCUGCCUCUUUUUCAGUGGAACGUGGUAAGCAGAAGAGAAUUCAUCUGGAGACCUCAUCAGCAAACCAGGCUUGCGAGGGCAAGGUCUCCUCUGAGCUUUGGAGAAGCCUGUUUCCCUCUGGGCAGAUAAAUCAUGGCAGUGUUCUUCUUUAUUCUUCUUUCCUCUGUGUAGGGGAGGGCUGGUCUCCUUUAUGGUUCAGGGACAUGAGAAGGGCCCGGUGCUUACAGGGGGCUGCGGCUCGAGUGAUCCUCAUCCAGUUCCCUGAUCUUCCCAGCCUUCACAUGUGACACCGCUCUGGGCUCGCCGUUUCUCUGUAAAAUGACAUUUUCUUCUCCUAUCACAUGGUGCUCAGCUGCUGCCACACUUCACAUAGCAGCAGAGCCAAGAAACAGUGCUUUCCAUUUAGGGCUUGCACCCUAACUGAGCCACGAUGCUGAGCUGUGAGCGUUUGCUGUCUCCUGCUAAAACCACUGCAAUGGCAAUUCUGAAAACCCUGGAAACCUCAAUCUCAAGGCCUGCAGUUCUGUGUUCAGAUGCAGUCCCACAUCUAUUGCUGUGCAGAGAGGCCUUCGUGGAGCAAAGGGAUUCGUGUCCUCCUUUUGGGCAGGGACUCUUUCUCACUCACCUCCAAGAGCCAAAAUGCCCUGAGCCAUCCGAGAGGAUGGGGCUCUCUUCAAGCGAUUCUUCCCCAGGGUUUUCACUCUGUUCUUUUAGGAAAUAGUCAGUAGAUGGAGCUGUGACCCAUGGAAGGCAUCCCGCUGCUCGUCGGUGUGCUGCAUGCUAACUAAUGCUAUUUACAUGUGUCUUUACCCCAAAAAUCUUGCAGGAAGAGGGAUGUGGGUAAGUUAGGUACUGCUGUGCUCUGUGGUGUGGGUGGUGGGCAUGCAGAUGGAGAGAGAAGGUGCUCUCCUGGUCAAGCACACUAGCAGCAAUACUUGGAAGGGGAGGGGAGAUAGGAAAUGCUUUGGCAAACGUCCUCUUGGCCUCAAGGACAGAUUUCGUUUUCCAGUGUGUUCCUUUUAGAUUUUUUUUUUUCUCCUGGUUUUAGCUUAAGGGUUUAGAUAGCUUCUAUCAUCACAGUGAUUUCAAGGACUCUGCAGUAGCAGACAAUGGCGCCUGUGAGAAGUCCUUGAGAAAACACCUUGAAAAAGAUCAAGAAAGCAACAGGAAAGAACAAAUAUCACAAAAACAACCUGAAAGCAAAACAAAAAGGCUCUGAGUGGGGUCCUUAGGGACUCUUCAUGGGUAGGGGGGAAGUGUCAAGGUGGCGAGGUGAGCUGUGAUUGAUAGAAACGCAAUCCUAGGUAAGCCGUGGCACGGAGCAUGGUCAGCAUUGGUGCAGCUGGGGGGGUUGGGGUGGCUCUGCUCAGCUGCUCGUGUCUCCCAAAAGCAGGGAGGAAGCUCCUGGGGGCUGCAGCUGUUGGGGGUGGAGGGGUGAAGGGUCUUGGUGCAGCAUCUCUGAAGGCUGCAGGAGGUGCAGGGCAGUCCUUGCUCUGUCUCGGUGCCUCGCUUUCUCUGUCUGCCUGCCUGUAGCAUGCAGCUCUGCCGCCUGACUGUAAGGUUGUGCUGCAGGGCUCUGAUGGCCAAAUGCUGCUGGAAGGACAGGAAGUUCUAAUGGCUCAGGACAGUCUGCCUGUUCUGAGAGUCCAAGGCAUGGAGAAAAAGGAGCGCUUAGCCUUCGUGUUUGUGCUGGGUGCUUGCUGCAGCUGGUUUGCCAUGACUCCCACAACAAGGUUCCUGCCACUUCCCAGGGACAACUGUUUCAGUCUGAAUUGUGUCUUGCUGUUCAAGCAUUUGUUGCAUUUGCUAAAUCUCCCCCUGCUUAUUACUGUUCAAAUACGGGGCUCUUGUUCAGAUCUUUUCUCAGCCUUCUGGCUCUGGUGUCCCUCUAUGGCUGCGAGAGCCACAGUGCUCACUGUAGGGGUGCAGCCCUCGUGGCAUUCAGCUGCAGCAAUGGGGCUUCCAAGAAGGGGCUUAGAGGUGAACCUGAGGAUGAUUCGGACAGAGCCAAGUGCUCCCAUCCCUUUGCUGGCACAGGACUGAACUAUUGCUGAUGGAUUUUUGCUCACUUCACAUCUAAGCAUCCCCGCUCCCUUGCUGCCUUUCCCCUAAAAGUCCCCGUGUUUCUUUCUGGCCAACCGAUUCAUUCCUGCUGUUUGGCUUCUCGCUGUGAGCUCUGCCUUGGAAGAGUGUUGUAGGAUGGGGUGGGAGGGGGAUGUUAGGGCAGAAAGCGAGUGCACCAUCAUCUGUGGAUUCUGCAGAGUCCUCCACCGCCGUGCUGCAAUUAUCAGCACUGCACAAAGCUGGUGUUACCACCUGGGGCUUACUGGAUAUUUUCAAGCUGUUUUUGCUUCCCUCCAUCACCUACUCAUCCAUCUGACCUUGAAAAAGUCCCUUUCAGUGCAGAGCUGUUUUCCUGGCUCUCUCAGCCGGCGCAGUAGCUGCCAAUCCCACUCCGCUAGCCUAAGCAUGUUGUGGGCUCUGUCCCUGCAUCUGAUUGCAGAAGACUUAAUGCAUCGCUCGGCUGGUGUAGUGAAUCAUUAGCAUCCUGCUCCAGCUUUCAUUGUCUGUUUCAUUUCCUGCUCUUAGAAACCCCUGAAUCAUUCUGUCACGGACUGAAUAACAAACUGCAUCCUUGUCAGCUCGUGUUACCCAAGAAUUCGUCGGCAGGCUUGGCGAAGGCUGGCUGCUUGGGGUGCGGCCCUGACACCUCUGCUGCUGCCAGGGAUGUUGUUUCAGGGUGGGUUCAAAUAGUUUGCAAGCCAGCAGAGCCUGUGGGACCAUCCCCAGUUUGGUAUAUUUAUGUACCUUCUUCUGGGGGCACGGACAUACCCCCUUCUUAAGUGCAUUCCUGUGGCUAACCCAAAUGACUGGUUCCUGCUCCUAGCUGGUGUGCCUCGAAAGGAAUUCAGCCCUGAAACCUUCCUUACAGGGAAGAUGGGUUUGUGCACAAGUAGGUUUCAAGCGACGUCCUCCUCCCUCUCUUGGCUGAGAAAUAAUAUUGGAAUAGUACAGCCACGCUUUCUCUUCACGAGGGUGUAAAAGGCUGAACGGAAGCAUUAACUGCAGCUUUAAAGCAUUUCCAUGGUAAAAUAAAUCUAAUUGAGCCGUUAUUGCAGUUGCUUUUUAAUUUGUGGAAGAGAUUAGGAAAUAACUUUCAGCUUGCUCUGGCAGAGCACUCCCUGAGGACGUGUCCUGGGCACUCUGGCAGCACGCCUUGGGUUCUCGUUCCCUCCCUCUUUAAUUGUCCGGUCACAUCUGAGGGACGUGGAGUUCAGCUGGCAAAAUAAUGGAGGAGCCUCAGUCUGGAAGCUGCAGGUCUUGGUAGAGGUAAUGGAGCAUCAUUCAUGUCUUACAGAGAGAACCCACCGUGCAGAUGGAUGGAAUUCCACCCUUAGGGUGCACCUGAUGUGCUGAUGUUUGGGCUUGACAUGAUGCGGUGGCAGAGGAUGCUGCAGUGAAGGCAGUGGGUGAUGGAAGUGCUGUAUGUGACCUCCUUCCAGAGUGCCAUCCGUGUCCUUUGCCAGAGCGGAGGCUGAAGUGAUGGGACUCAAAGUGAGGGGAGAUGCUUUAUGAAGGGAUUUCCUUGUGUGGAGGUGAAAGCGAUCUGUAGAAUCCUGCUAUCAUGGAGGUUGGGAAGAGCUCUGAGUCUCCAAGUCCAACCCCAACCCACCCCCACCAUGACAUCAAACCACGUCCCAGUCUCUGUGGUUCUGGGACACCUCCAGGGGUGGUGACCCCACCACUCCCUUGGUAGCAGUGCCAGUGUCUGAGCACUCUUGCAGAGUUUUUCCUAAUAUCCAACCUGAACCUCUCCUGGUGCAGCUUGAGGCCAUUACACAGCUGCUCUCCUGGGGAACUUCAGAAGUCUAUUUCUGAGGUAGGAUGAUGAAGCCUGCUCAACACCAGCCGUGCCAGAGUAUUGGAAGCAAUACUGGUGUUAGGAUCUGGGUCUGCUGCAGAGACUCAGUGUGUUGGCUUUGGAUCCCUUGAGAGCCUUCUGGGGGCUGUGUGGGGGCAGGGGUCCUCCUGGAAGGUGCCUGUGUGGCUGGAAGCAGCUCUGGAGCGGCUCCACGUCACGCUCUUGGCAGUCCCUGUCAACAAACAGAGCUCUGGCAGUUCCCUGAGGUCUGUGCACAACCAGUGGAACAAACCUGAGGUGUACGCCUGGCCUUCCUGAAAAGAUGAGGACAGUGUGUGUAUGCAGUUGGAUGGUGCCACUCGUCAGCUGCCCCAGCGUGUCCUGGCGCUUCCUCUGUUCCACUGAGCUGUGCUCCGGGCACGGGAGUUUCCAGGCUGGCUCAGGUACGUUGGCUGAAGCUUACAAGUCAGAUGCCACAUCUGAACUCUCAGACGUGAGCAAGUCUUCCAGUAAAAACAAGCUGACGCUGUGCCUGGCAGAGGAUUAACGGGGUUUUUGUGCGUGUGGGUGAGAGCUGUGUGCGGUGUGAGAUGCGAGGCGGGCCGCUGCUGCUGCUCUCUGCAAGCAGCUCACCAGGCUGAGUGCAAGGUCUGCAUGAAGCAGGGCAGGGUAUGUGGCUGCAGCGGGGGCUGAGCUGCUGCUGAGAUCACACCUACAGGAGUCCACAUCUGCUCUGUCUCUACCAUGUCUCGUUCCCCCACCUCGAGCGUCUCCUGGCUUUCUUUCAUUCCUUUCCUAGAGCCUCCUUUCCCAUAAGCUUAUCUGUGUUUGUGGAGUUUAAAAGCUGGCCUUGAUCCGCUCCUGAUACGCUGUAUUUCCUUGUUUUAUCUGGCGUGUGCUUCUUGCCUUGCCAGUGCUCAGUGAUACCACCUCUGUGCCCUCCGCUGCCUGCCAGCAUCUGGGGGGUGGGAUGUGCUGCAACAUCCCCACUUGGCACAGCACCUCUCUCAGGCGUCUCUGCAAAUCUCUGGAGGAAACACAUUGCUCAGUACCAGAUGCUGCCUCAUCCUGUCUGCCUAAGGUGAGUCUGAGCCACCCCAGCACAGCUGCUGUGUGGCUGUGCAGAGCAGGCACCGCAGGGCUCACCUGCAGCUUUGGGCUGCCCUGUGGCUGGAUGGGCAGCUGGGGUUCUGCAGACCGGUCGGCCCCCUGGCAUGUCAGGAAGCACAGGCUGGGAGUGUUUGCUGGGAGAUAACUGCAUUCCAGGCAGUGACUCUUUUAUCUUGCUAAAAUCAAGGAGAUCUGAUUAAAGUGCAGACCUUGCUUUAAGAAUUUUUCCCUUUCUUUUUGACUUUGUCCCUGACCUACAUAUUGCAUCCCGCCACGCUGGUUGGAAGCAAUUGAGACCGUGGCGUUAAGCUAUUUACCAAGCUGUUGGCUUGAAAAUAACCUUACUGUCCACACCUGCUCUGGGAUAAUUUUGGAGUCAAACGACAAAGCACCGUUAACCCUUGCAGCCACGUGCAGCCCGUUCAAGGUCUGAGCACACAACAAGGUUAUACCCCCGCUGACGCAGGGAGGAAUUGGUGAUAACACUUUGCUACCCAUUUUUCAGCUCCACGGUUGUUCCCAGCCAGCUGCUGCAGCCAGCCCUGCUGAACAUUGCCAUCCGAACGGGGACGGAUCAGGGAGCUGCUUGUGAGAGCUCCUGCUGGGUGGUUGCUGGGUUGGCGUUGAGUCUGCUGGACCAGAGGCUAUUCUGGAAAAUGCAUGCAUGUGUAUUUUCUUUGUUAGCCCAGUGGUUGUUUCUGAUUAAAGGAUCUGUUUUGAAGGGGCUGCUAGUCAGUUGCCUAGAAAACUUGCUUUCAUUUAAUUAAUCGUGAUGAGUUUAGUCUGGAGGUUUUGUAGGAAGCGAGCGUAUCCUUGGCUCCUUUCCCUUGGAAAAAAGCAGGGUUUCAUGUCUGGAACUGCAGCUCCUUUGUCUCCCCAGGUCGACAUCCCUCUCUGUCCUUGGAGUUUUCAUUUUACAAGCCGUGUGCUUGCGGAGGUAGAUCCAGUUUGAAGUCCAUCCAGGUGCAGAAUGAGGAAAGAACCAUCAAGAAGAUUACAGGAGCUAUUCUGCAACUGAUUAACUCAAUCUCUUCCCCUUCUUGUUAUCUCCUCCCCGUGCCUAGGGCCUUUCGAACUGCUGCUUUCAGAGCUUCUCACUUAAUCUAGCCCACCUGGACAGGUGUAUGAAGAAAGGAAUUGCCUUCCGGGGAUGAACUAAAGGAGCAUAGGUUGCAAAGGGAGUCUGCUUUUGGGAACUGCUAAUCCCAGUGUAACAUUAUGACAGCUGCUCGUUAAAAUCAGGGUGUUUUUUAACAGGCAGUUAAGGGAGAGGCUUUGCACGCACGUUUAGCUGAGGAUAAUGGUGAGCCAUGUGCAUUUGAUUUUUUUUUCUUAGCUCACACAAAUUGUACAUGGAAAGAAUUCUUCAGUGUCAACUUGCUGCAGUAUGGAAUUUACAAGGCUUGCAGUAACUUACAGUUUCCUGUUGGGGGGCGGGGAGGAGAGAAAAUUACAAAGCUUUCUUUUUCUUUUUUCUUUCUGUGAGAUCGAGUUCAAACUUAUUCUACAAACCCAGCCUCUCUGGAAGGUGUUCUGGCUGUGUUGGGCUUUCUCAGUUGUCUUGGUGGCAGAUUGUCAUGUGAACCUGUCUGGGCUCUUGUUUUUAUAGUCGCAAGGCUGCUUAUAAGCUACAGUUUUGUAUCUGGUGAGAUGGCAGCCUGUAUGCAAAGAGAAAAGAGAGGUUUGGGGAGUUCACAGUCAGGAGAGCUGUAUUCCAAUGAAGACAGCUGCUUCUUCCUGCAGCAAACUUGGUCUAUGAGCACAAUUUCCUCUGCAGGGCUGUGGGUAAGGAGCACGGGGAGCUGAGGAGGGGCUGUCAAAGACUGCCUUGCUCCCGAGCCUCCAGCUGCACUCAGGAGCUCUGUCCUUCCCUGCAGCCCUCAGGCGUGAGGCAUGAAGGGCGCUCUGUGAUGCAGAAAGGCAGGACGUUGCCCCAGGUCGUUUUGUUGCUGGAAAUCCUCGCUCCUGCAGCUGCUCAGAUUCAGACCAAUUAAUUUAACCCGCCAGGACCAAGCAACUGAACUUGGUGUGGGAGUUUGUGCUACAAACUGUACUGCAAAUCAUUUGUGGAUGGGAGCAUCCUUUCUCUCCCCCAGGAAAUACCAUCUCUUGUUGCCUUUUCUCGGCCGUAAUGCUAGCACUGGUUACCUGGGAUUUCACAGCAUCCAGCAGCAAAUCUCCUUCUGUUCCUCUGUGCUGGAGAGGAAUCUGGCUGUAUCAGUGCUAAGGAUGAGCUGGGAAUUUUCCAGGCACAUCUGCAUGUGAGAAGCCUGUUUAGCAGUGAUCUCUUCUCCAGCCUCAGCACAACUUGGUUCGGCCUCAGGGGACUGAUGCUGCCAGUUCCACUCUGCCUGCUUAGAGUGACGAGGAGCUGGCCCCUGUCACACAGCUCAGAGGGAGCAUCUCAGUGGCACGGUGCUAAUAGGCAAAGUGUUUUAAUCUCAAGGGUGUCACCUUAAGCUACGGCGUAACUUCCUUUACCCCCUGGCUUUAAAAAGCUGAACUCAUCUCAUUUGGCUACACUGAGCAAAUUCUCUUCCCCCGUGCUCUCCUGUUAGGCUGCUGUCAUGCAGAAUACUUGCUGAUGGGGACUUGGGCUCUUUUCAUAUAGUAUAAAUGGCUUUAAUGCUUGCUGCUCUCAAGGUCUGGGACUUUAAGUGUGUGCUGGAAAGCAGAGCCAGCUGAGCAGUGCUGGCAAGUGGAGCUGGGAGGGCAGGAGGAGACUGCAGAUUUCUCUAAGAGGGCAUGAAAACAGCAAGGCUGUGAAUUCAGAGGCUGGAGCCCAGAAUUACAGAGAGGGAUGCUUGCAUGCGUGAGGACAAACUCACGUGGUGCCAAGGCAGGUUUUCUGUGACUUGUGUGAAAGAGGAGGCUGCAGUGUGUGUGUGAGCGCACUGAAAUGCUGAUCUGCAGAUCUGAGCUUUCUAGACCUGCCUUGCUCUAAUUGCACAGGAUAGGUUCUGCAUGCACAACAACUGGGCCUGAAGUGGAUCCGGGGCUCAGCCCUCAGGGAUUGCCCAGCACUGCUCUGCCCUGAUUUCUCUAAUGGUGCUGCAUCUUGCUGCUGGUUUGCAGGUGGUUUGAGCUGUUAUCUCUGAGCACACCGCUCGGCUUGGGCAGCGCUGCUGCCAUCUCUGCUCCUCUCAGGAUAUCUUUAAGCUGUGAUUUCUUUUUAAUGUUUUUUUUUUUUCCUUUUUUUCUUUUCCCCCCCCUCCUUUCCUGCAGCAGGCUGGAAUUGGGCUUGUGUGUCAGCUCAGCAGACGUGCUGAAGUGGGGUGUGCUGAAAAGCCUGGCUGUGCUCCGUGCAGGGGCACGAGGAGGAGGGGGAGUGGGAGCCCUGACUCGCAGCUGCCCCUUCUGAACAUCCCCUCCUGCCCUCACUGCCACAGGAUGUACAGCCAUCCAAUCCCCGUGCUGUUUGCAUGGAGUAAUUAGUGCUUCUCCUCUGCUAAUAACCUGU